GGGACAGCCCUCCCCCUGUCACACGCAACUAACCCACCCACACAGAUCUGUUCAUCGACAGCCCCCUGCACACACGCCGUCUCGGGUGCAAAAGAGAGAGAAUAAAUCCUACACGCGGGGUUGAUCAUCAUCAUGAAGGUUGCAGCAACUUGGCUGGCAGCAACAGCUGCGCUCGCUUCAACUCCUCAUGAUGUCGAGGCCUUUGUUGCUUCGUCGAAGACGCUGCGUGUAGGGCAGCCUGCCCGCCUCGUCGCCUCACGAAGUGCGUCGGCAGCAACCAGCUCCCUGCCUUUGAGCAUGGCAGGAGAAGCCCCGUGGAAGGCCUUCACCACGGACGUGGCCAAGAAGGUUGCCGUCGCAGCUACUGUCGCAGCCGUCGCGUUCUCUACCCCGGGGGAAGCUCUUGCUGCGAGGUCUGGCGGGAGAAUGGGAGGGAGGUCGUUCUCUUCUCCAUCGCGAUCUUAUUCCGCGCCAUCGGCGCCGUCUAGAUCUUACGCGCCGUCCUACGGGGGAGGCAGCACCACGGUCGUUCCCGUACCAGUUCCGAUGGGAGGGUAUGGGAUGGGUUACGGUUACGGAUCACCCUUCGGCUUUUCUCCCUUCGGCCGACCGGGGGUUUCCUUCUACGGAGGCGGUUUUGGCGUGAACCCCGUUGACCUCCUCGUGCUGGGCGGCGUUGCCUACGGCGUUUCACAGCUGGUUAAGGGAGGAGGAACGAGCUUCGGAAACCUGGAUGACUCGCCCCCGUCCAGUCUCGGAGAGGGUGUGGACGUGCUGAAGCUUCAGGUGGCGAUUAACUGCCGCGACAGAAGCUCAAACUCCAUCCUAGGCGUUCUGGAGGACGUCUCUUCUCGGGGAGAUACCGAGUCCCGGAGCGGGCUCGCCGAGGUGGUGAGUGAGGUCAGCCUUGCCCUGGCCCGGAGGUCGUUGGACUGGGUGGCGUCUGCGAGCGAGCUGGAACACUUCAACAACCGCAACGUGGAGAGAGCGGAGGCGACCUUCAGCCAGUACAGCAUCCAGCUCAGGACAAAGAUUGAGCGCGAGACGAACGCCGUGAUUGGGGGCAAGAACAUCUCCGCGGAACGAUCGGGUGGAGGGGGGAUCGGAUCCGGCGGGCCCACCGUUGCGGUGGUGAGCCUGGUCGUCGCUCUCCGAGGGGAUGCGAUGAAGAGGUUGGGGCUCGACAGGAGCGUCAGCAACAUCUCGGGCCUCAAGACGGCGCUGCAGACGAUCGCAAGCGGGUCCCUGUCGGACGGAGGAGACAACGUGCUGGCGGCGGAGGUCCUCUGGACGCCCGAGGAACCGUGGGAAGUGCUAACUAGGGAGGACGCAAUCGCCGACUUCCCCGAGCUCAUGGACCUCUGAGAGGACUGGGCUUUUGAGUCGACCUCCUGAAAGAUGACAGGUUGACGUAUUAGGUUUCGGUUAACGGUAAAUCGAUACCCUCUUCGAGUGAUUUGUCGUCAAACGAGUAUGUGUUGAGGAGCUGCAUCUCGCCGCCCCCCUUUCCCCUCCCGAGCGUGUGUUUAUCUUUUUUUUCUUGUCUCUCGCGUUCUCUUGGGUCCGUCGACGUUGCCGUGGGGGUAAGAACGGCCUGGCUGAUAUUUGGGCAAAAAGCUAUGUUGCAUCCACGCCCUUGUUGCUGACACGCCCCGUGUUCCGGCGUUACGAGAAGCGUUGGUUAGAUUAUCGCCCCGUACGUUGUAGCAUGCGUUUGUUGAGGCGACUGUAGACCGCUCGUGCAGCAGUGCCGUCUUCGCGUCGGGUUGCGUCAUAUGAUAGUCUUAGUGGCACGCGCUCUUGCACGGCCUUUUCCUUGUUGCGUCGUUGGCGAUACCGCGCCCUUCGAUCCGAGUCGUGCGGCAUUUCGCUUUUGCAGCUGUGUCGGAGGAGAACAAUGGACGGAAUGUGGUUGAUCUAUGCAGCGGCCGUUGCGUAGAACUGCUUGUUUUUGGUUUGCGGGGGCGGUGGGGUGUAUGAUGGAUACCCUGAUAAAGAGUUGGGAUCCGCGGCAGGAAAUACUUUGGUUAAAGGAUGUUGGGAGAAUAUUGUGCGAGAUUUGUGUCGAAAAUUCCACCCGCAGAAGAAAGAGGGAGUUUCUGACCACCGCUGCAUGUACACGGGAGGGUGUCGCAGAGCAAAAAUGAUCGACACGCGGAGGGGGUGGAGACGCACACAGCCACCCAUGCUUGGAUUUCUGUGCAGGGGGUGAUGGACGAACGGGAUUGAUUGUGUUUCCACGUUUUUGGGCGCACGUUGCGCGUGUGUAGCCAGAUCGGAGCAUGGGUUGCUGACGUGUCGACUUUGGUGUCGCGAGUGUAUCCGCCACAGCGCCCACAGUGGCGAGGACCGUGUAGAAUCUUCGCCUGCGACACGACGUGAGCGAAAGAAAGAUUUGAUGUACAGGUUUGUUUUUGUUCUCGUUGAUUAAAUGCGUUCUGCGACGUGGUGUGCAUCGUAGAACCUGCCUGGGUGGCUGUACAAAUGAGGAUGAGAGAUGAGAGGGAGGGGUGCAGAAAAGUCAGAGAUUGGGUGUAGGGUGGAAUCUCGGGGAUAGAUGUCGGGGGGUCGUGGACAUCGGAAACGGGGAGCAUCCGUCCUUAUUCUGCCAAUCCCUUCGAGUAAUCAAAUUUGACAAAGUG